AUGACCAAGGCGGAGGGCCAGCCCAACGGCGCCGAGAGCCCCGCGCCCACGAACCAAACCACGGCAUCUCCGCCAGCACCGAUGGUUGUUGAGACGGAUGAUUUCGGUCUACCCAUCCGACGAGUCGUUCCCCGUACUGUGUCGCAAGAUCACGGCUCCAGCGGAACAGACGAGGCCAGCGGUCAGACUACUGCGGGGCCCCAGAGUAAUAAGCAGAAUGGUGAAGGGAAGAAGGGCAAGACUGUGUCGACAGUGACCGAGACCAAAGAAGUCGUUGAAGAUGGCGGGAGCUCCGGCAAGGAGGCCAAGGCCGACCAACAGGCGGAUGGUUCGACCUCAAAGUCCGACACCAAGCAGGCCGCCACAACCGUGGUAGCGAAGAGGGAGUCUGCCUCGUUUGCCGAGAAAAGGAGAAGCUCCUUAAUGGGAGGGAAGAAAAAGGGACACGCCCACAAGGCCAGCGUCGUGAGCAUUGCUAGCAAUAAUGAGCAUGGUCUGUCGGAGCACUCCCACCAGCAGCUCUCGACACAGAAGGAAGACGAGAAGGACGAUGCGAUUGAGACCUGGCAAGAGAUGCCAUCGUAUGCUCGGUACGAUAUGUACGACGACAAUGACAAGCUGAUCGCUCGAGAACACGAUGAGGCCAACGAUGACGUGUACGGCUACGGAAAUCUCGGAGGGGCUGGCAAGGGAUACACGAGGGUACAGAUGGACGACGAUGCAGAAUCUGCCAACAGCAUAGACGACAACACCCAGUAUCUCUUCGGGGAUGGUUAUAAGGGCACGGCUAUGGCCGUUGAGGAGGAGGAGGAGGCUCGAGAUGCGGUUUCCCAAAUGCAAGCCACCAAAGACCUUCUCACAGAAGGUCAACGUAUAGCAUAUGUGGGCAUCGUGCGGUUGGAGAUUGUGAAGCAGCUUCGGGAUCUCAAGAGGAUAGAGCAUAUCGAUGCAUCCAAGAAAGUAAAGAAGGAAGUUAUGCACGCCCAUGAGGCCAUGACCAUGUGGGGGCAAAAGAUGAUGAUUCGCCUGUACGCUCACAUGGAUAUCAACGAGGCGGAACAGGUCAUGAUUGAGCAGCUUGCGGAGCAUGGUGUCAUCACCGCGGAUCUCACGCCCACCCUGAUGGCUAACGCCAGAGUUCGUAACCCCAUGGCCGACGCCAUGAAAGAGGAGGAGACUGAAGCGACCAAGGGUGAAGAGACCAAAGGUGAAGAGACCAAAGGUGAAGAGACUAAGGGCGAAGAUAUAAAAGGUGAAGAGACCAAGGGCGAAGAAAGCACAAACGGAAAGGGGAAAGAGGCCGCGCCACCAUCGUAUUCUGAAGGUGAGACCGGCCCAUCGACGUCGAACAGCGAUGAUGAGAAGGGUUUGAAAUCGCCUGCAAUCACGAAUGAUACCCUUGCUCCUACGCCUACUCCCGAGGACCGAAGCAAGACUCCCGUCGAGAAAAUCAAGACUAUAGAUGACGAAAUGCCUGCAACGCCACCCCCGCCCUACCAGAGCAUUGACAUCCAAGACAUGCCAGAAGUAAAGACUCCCACCCAGUUACCGUCGACAGAGAAGAUCGACAUCGAUUUGCGAUGGACAAUCCUGUGUGAUCUCUUCUUGAUUUUAAUCUCGGACUCUGUCUAUGAUGCCAGAUCAAGAACAUUACUCGAGCGCGUUGCUGAGAGCCUAGAAAUCAACUGGGUUGACGUUUGUCGAUUCGAGAAGCGUGUCACGGAUGCUUUGGAAAUGCAACAAGCCGCCGACAAGGAAAACUGGAACGAGGACGAGCACCUGGAUAACCGCAGAAAGGCAGCACUCAAAAAGCGAUAUAUGGUAAUGGGCCUGGCAACUGUUGGUGGCGGAUUGGUGAUUGGUUUAUCAGCCGGUCUGCUGGCAGGUCCAAUUGGCGUCGGUUUGGCUGCUGGGUUUGCCACCAUCGGUGUCGGUGGCACCAGUGGUUUUCUCGGUGGUAUAGGAGGUGCUGCCAUCAUCACAUCGACCUUUGCUGCCUCUGGAAGCUACAUUGGUGGCAAGGCUGCCAACCGACGGACAGGCGCCGUCAAGACAUUCGAAUACCGACCUCUCCAUAACAACAAACGUGUCAAUCUGAUCGUCACUGUAUCUGGUUGGCUGGCUGGCAAGGUGGAUGACGUUCGUCUCCCCUUCAGUACAGUUGACCCCUUGAUGGGUGAUAUUUACUCUGUCCUCUGGGAACCUGAAAUUCUCCAGAGUAUUGGUGACACUAUCAGGAUUCUAGCUACCGAGGCUCUAACAACGAGUAUCCAACAAAUUCUCGGUGGUACCAUUCUUACUGCGUUGAUGGGUGCCAUUCAACUACCCUUAAUUCUAACCAAGUUGUCAUAUCUGAUCGAUAACCCUUGGGCUGUUUCACUUGACCGAGCGAUGUUGGCUGGCAAGAUCUUGGCAGACUCGCUGAUAGAACGAAACCUCGGUGCCCGCCCCAUUAUCCUCGUUGGUUAUUCUAUCGGCGCCAGGGUGAUCUUCUCAUGCUUGCUUGAGUUGGCCAAGCGAGGUGCGUACGGACUUGUACAAGAUGUCUAUCUGUUCGGAUCGCCUGUUGUCGUGAAGAGGGAGGAGUAUUUGCGGACACGUACAGUGGUUACGGGACGCUUUGUGAACGGCUUUAACCGUAACGACUGGAUUCUUGGCUACCUAUUUCGUCUUACCAGCGGUGGUAUUCGCCGUGUGGCAGGGCUGGGGCCGAUCGAAGAGCUACCAUGGAUUGAAAACUUUGAUGUCACGGACAUUGUGAUAGGACACAUGGAAUACCGUACAGCCAUGCCCAUUCUGUUGAUGAACUGUGGAUGGAUGGUGGAAAGCGAGGAGUUUACUGAAAUCGAGGAUCCUGAUCCCGAGGGUCAUGAUCAACGGCAGAGAGAAUUGAUCAGCGAGAUCGAGGAGGCCCGGCGAGCACUCGAAGAAGAGGGCAAAGCAGCAGCAGCCAGCAACAAGAAAACGGGCAUGUUUGGAGGGUUCUUCAGUGGGAAGUCAAAGGGAAAGAAACAGGAAUGGGAAAUAUACGAAGAGAAGGGAGCGAAACAAGCUAUACCCUCCGACUCGAAAGAAAAGGAUAAGGAUGCGGCGUAUCAGGGGGCACUCUUCGACGUGGAUGCCAUGCGUGCAGAAAUAGCAAAUGGUGUUACAGAAGAGACCGGAUCAGACCCCAAGGGAUCAGAGAAUGUUCAGAUCAAAGAGAUUGAAUCAACUCUGCCGCCCAUGUCCCUAGAUUUACCGCCCCCCUUGAAAUCGAAAUCACAGCAGACGGUACUGGUCGUGAAGAGCGCUGGAGCCCCAAGCACCCCCAGACCCGAGGCUGACGAGGUAUCGAUGGUAUUCGACACGUCGUUCACAGACAAGCCGCCUCCGCCACCGCCCAAGGAUGAGUUCUCCAAGCGUCCUCUUCCGGUAACAUCACAGACACUCCCUAAUAUAACACUAAACGACCCGUGGGCAGACGACCCUGACGAUGAAGAUUUCGGUAAAGAGAAGGAGAUGUCAAUGACUUUCGCAUAG